AUGCCAAACGUCGCUAAGAAGGAGGAGGAAAGAGGGAUUGAUGUGCAAAGUGAUCUUAGGAGUAAUCAACCUGUUGUGAAAAAUACUUCCCUUGCCCCAAUUAGAAUUUGGACUGCUGUCCUCCAGCGCGCCUGCCGUGCUGAGCGCUCGCUGCCGCCGUCGCCGCCCCCGCCCCCGAGGAUGCGCUGCUGGCGCCGCGUGCGUCCGCUUCACGUCAAGGUGGUGCUUUUGGACGAGCAGGAGCUCAUUCAAGAGAUGCAGAAACGAGACAUUUCGUCGCAACGGUUCGCUUCGCCCGAGGAAGCCGCCUCAUGCUCACGCGGAAGGCAGCGGCCACGGGCGCAGAGACAUCAACGACCUGUUAGACGACGAGCCCCGGGCGGCCCGGGCGGGCGCGAGUCAGCUGCGAGCGGCGCGCACGACCACGCGCGCAGAGCGGCGCAGAGCGGCGCAGAGCGGCGCAGAGCGGCGCAGAGCGGCGCAGAGCGGCGCAGAGCGGCGCAGGUGGAAGCGGCCCAAGGGCGCCUCGACAGAUGCGAAGAACCUCAUUAA